UAGCAAUAUACCCAGUGUUGGGAGCCUGGCAGAUCAAGACUACCUUCAGAUGAACACUCCACAGAUGAGCACUCCCGUAACGCUAAAUAGCACUGCUCCUGCCAGCAACAGUGGUGCAGGUGUAUUGCCUUCCCCAGCCACCCCUCGCUUCUCUGUCCCAACCCCCCGCACACCCAGGACUCCACGGACUCCGAGAGGUGGGGGCACAGCCAGCGGGCAAGGAUCUGUGAAAUACGAUAGCACAGACCAAGGGUCGCCAGCUUCCACGCCCUCGACCACCCGGCCCCUCAAUUCUGUGGAGCCGGCCACCGUGCUCCCAAUCCUGGAAGCCCACAGCUUGUAUGUCAUGCUCAUUCUCUCCGACUCUGUGCUGAAUAUUUUUAAAGAUAGCAAUUUUGACAGCUGCUGCAUUUGCGCUUGCAACAUGAAUAUCAAGGGUGCGGAUGUUGGGCUGUAUAUUCCAGAUUCAUCUAAAGAGGACCAAUAUCGAUGCACUUGUGGAUUCAGUGCAAUUAUGAAUCGCAAACUAGGGUACAACUCGGGCCUGUUCAUUGAGGAUGAGUUAGAUAUUUUUGGCAGGACUUCAGACAUUGGCCAAGUUGCCGAAAGGAGGUUGAUGAUGAGUCAGACCACCUUAAUUCCUCAGCUAGGAGAAGGCUCCAAAAGGGUUCAGGAGCCCCCAGUGAGUCUUCUCCUUCUCCUUCAAAAUCAGCACACCCAACCUUUCACCUCACUAAGCUGCUUGGACUACAUGUCUGUCACAAGCAGGCCAACGCUCUCUUACACAAACUGGAGUUACGACAGGGUUCAGGCUGAAAGCCACGACUCCUGGAACGAGUGCUUUAAUGCUCUGGAGCAAGGUCGACAGUAUGUGGAUAACCCUACAGGUGGGAAAGUGGAUGAAGCUCUUGUCCGAAGUGCUACAGUUCACUCUUGGCCUCACAGCAAUGUCCUAGACAUCAGCAUGCUUUCCUCCCAAGACGUCGUACGCAUGCUUCUCUCUCUGCAGCCUUUCCUACAGGAUGCCAUUCAAAAGAAGCGGACUGGCAGAACCUGGGAGAACAUCCAGCAUGUUCAAGGACCCCUCACCUGGCAGCAGUUCCAUAAAAUGGCAGGACGGGGAACCUAUGGUUCCGAAGAGUCACCUGAGCCUCUUCCAAUACCCACUUUGUUGGUUGGCUAUGAUAAGGACUUCCUGACAAUCUCUCCAUUCUCCCUGCCAUUCUGGGAGAGGCUGCUCUUAGAUCCCUAUGGGGGUCAUCGGGAUGUUGCCUAUAUUGUGGUGUGUCCAGAAAAUGAGGCCUUGCUUGACGGAGCCAAAACUUUCUUCAGGGACUUAAGCGCCGUAUAUGAGAUGUGUCGGCUUGGUCAACAUAAACCAAUCUGUAAAGUGUUGCAUGAUGGGAUCAUGCGAGUGGGAAAGACGGUGGCCCAGAAGCUGGCAGAUGAGCUUGUGAGCGACUGGUUUAACCCACCCUGGGGCAAUGAAGAUUGUGACAAUCAUUCCAGGCUCAAACUUUAUGCGCAAGUUUGUCGUCACCACCUAGCACCUUACUUAGCUACUUUGCAACUUGAUAGCAGCCUGCUGAUGCCACCGAAACACCAAACUGCACCUCCACCAUCAUCAAACUUGGAGCAAACCAUAUCUGGGAAUGCAGGAUCAGUUUCCUCCAACUCAGCCUGUCUUGGAUCUGCAGCUCCCCCAGCUGGCACUUCUUUCACCUCCACAACUAAUGGGACCACUGGUCUCCCGGUGGGCACCAGUACAGCCCCGGGGACCACAGUGCCCCAGCUGUCAGCCUCCUCCUCUGCAUCCAGUAUUAGCCAGACAAGCACUACCUCCUCUUCAGGGUUCAGUGGAGGCCUACCUCAAGGUCAAAACCCAGCUUCUGGGGCAGUUCCCACAGAGAGACCCCAGGGAAGCACAGUCCCAGGAGGAGAUGCAGAGGCGGGGCAAAUCUCAUCACAGCAACCACAGGAAGGGCAGGAAAAUUCUGCAGAGAGGGAGAGGAUAGGAAUUCCCACAGAACCUGAGUCUGCGGACAGCCAUGCCUACCCACCGGCUGUUGUCAUCUAUAUGGUGGAUCCCUUCACCUACACUGCAGAAGAGGAAUCUUCUUCUGCCAGUUUCUGGCUUUUGAGCUUGAUGCGCUGUUACACAGAAAUGUUGGACAACCUCCCUGAAAACAUGAGGAGUUCUUUCAUUCUUCAGAUUGUGCCUUGCCAAUACAUGCUGCAGACCCUGAAGGACGAGCAGAUCUUUUAUAUUCAGCACUUGAAAUCUCUGGCAUUUUCAGUCUACUGCCAGUGCAGGCGACCGCUACCCACACAGAUUCACAUUAAGUCUCUGACUGGUUUUGGACCAGCUGCCAGCAUUGAGAUGACACUCAAGAACUCAGAGCGGCCGAGUCCCAUUCAGCUGUACUCCCCUCCGUUUAUCCUGGCACCUAUCAAAGACAAACAAACGGAGCUCGGGGAGACCUUUGGCGAAGCCAGCCAGAAGUACAACGUGCUCUUUGUUGGGUAUUGUCUCUCUCACGAUCAGCGCUGGCUUCUGGCCUCCUGCACUGACCUGCAUGGUGACUUGUUGGAAACCUGCAUUGUCAACAUCGAUUUGCCAAACAGAUCACGGAGGUGCAAGGUCUCAUCGCGUAAAAUUGGCUUGCAGAAGCUUUGGGAAUGGUGCGUUGGGAUCAUCCAGAUGACAUCACUUCCCUGGAGAGUCGUGAUCGGGCGCCUUGGGCGGCUUGGCCACGGGGAGCUGAAAGACUGGAGCAUCCUGCUUGGGGAGUGCUCCCUGCAGACAAUCAGUAAGCAGUUGAAGGAGGUGUGUCGGAUGUGUGGCAUCUCCUCUGCAGAUUCUCCCUCCAUCCUCAGCGCCUGUUUGGUUGCCAUGGAGCCGCAGGGGUCGUUUGUGGUGAUGCCAGAUGCUGUCACCACGGGCUCUGUGUUUGGCCGCAGCACUGCUCUGAACUUGCAGUCUUCUCAGCUGAAUACUCCGCAGGAUGCCUCUUGUACGCACAUCUUGGUUUUUCCCACCUCUGCUACCAUCCAGGUUGCCCCUGCAAAUUACCCCAGCGAAUUCAGCCCCAAUAAUGAUGACAUGUUUGACCUCCCAUUCCCGGAUGACAUGGACAAUGACAUUGGCAUCCUGAUGACUGGGAACCUUCACUCAUCCCCAAAUUCUUCUCCUGUCCCUUCUCCUGGUUCUCCUGGAAUUGGAGUAGGACCCUCCUUUCAGCACAGCCGGAGCCAAGGUGAGCGUCUCCUUUCCCGGGAAGCCCCUGAAGAGCUGAAGCAGCAGCCCCUCGCCCUGGGAUACUUCGUUUCCACUGCCAAAGCUGAGAACCUUCCUCAGUGGUUCUGGUCCUCCUGUCCGCAGGCUCAGAACCAGUGCCCCCUCUUUCUAAAGGCAUCACUGCAUCAUCACAUCUCUGUAGCACAGACAGAAGAACUCAUUCCUGCCCGGAAUUCCCAGAGGGUUCCCCAUCCCUUGGAUUCCAAAACCACAUCAGACGUCCUAAGGUUUGUCCUGGAACAGUACAAUGCAUUGUCAUGGCUCACUUGUAAUCCUGCAACCCAGGAUCGCGGUUCUUGCCUUCCUGUUCACUUUGUGGUGCUCACCCAGCUCUACAAUGCCAUCAUGAACAUCCUUUAAUAGCAGAGACAGGACAAGCCAACCUUCCCUUUCCACUUGAACAACAUGCCAUGGCCUGCAAGAGUUUAGACCCAGCCUGGAGGAACCUGACCUGUGCUCCGUUUCCUCAAGAAGCAAGAGAAUUCUCUUCAGUGUUUGGAGUCUACUAAUGAAACAUAAGUGUUUCAGGCAGUGGAUGUAUUACAACUUUGAGGCAGUGUUAAUUUGCUGGCUGAACGUUACAGAACAAUGGACCACAGUGAAGACAAUAUGUCUUUCAUUUCAUUUUUCUUUCUUUCUCUUUUCUUUUCCGUGCACGGAUCUCUGCCGAAGAAGAGCAAAAUGUUGUUGUGACCAGUCUGGGUGGCCCAAAGCUUCUGCUGUUCCUGAAAACCAUCGUAUAAACUUGGCUGCAAUGAAGAACCAAUUCUACUAGUUGAAAAAUCAUGGGAUUUUUGGUGUACCUGGAACUCCUGUCAGAAUGGAUUGGGAUGAAUGAAUGCGUUUGUCACCCAUCCAUGUAGAUAUGAAUGGUCUGGAGAUAUGCUGAAGUUUGUUCAGUUUAUUGUUUUAUUUUAAUUUAUUUAUAGGGGCUACUAAAUUAUAGAGGACCAGGUACAGCACGCGAUCCAACUCCAUCCCACCAAGAAGUGGGGUUAUUUUUUGGUAUACCUCUUGCUUUUUAGCCUAGAAAUGGGGGGUGGGGUGGGGUGGAGCAGGGAACAGUUCAAACGAGCCAGUGAGGAAGAACUCAAAAGUCACCUUUUAAAAAAUUUUUGGUGGACCCAUUGAGUUAUGGAGGCCUGCAGAGAGAUUUUUAGUAAAUUAGAUAAACAAUAUGCAGUGCAAAAUAGCUGAAAAUGGAAAACUAUGGAACCCAUGAAAACAGCCUUCCCCAAUCUGACAUCCAGAUGUGCUGGGAACCAGCAUCUCAUCACCCGGAACCACCAGCAGCAUGAUUGUUUGGUACAUGGGCUGGGGAUCAUGGGAGGUGUAGUUCAGCAUAGCUGGAAGGGACCAAAUUGGAAAAGGCUGCUUCUGAGUGGAACCCCCCCCCAAAAGAAACCAAAUUGAAAGGAAAAGGGAGUUUUAGGGGGAGUUCGAUCAAUGUGGAAAUUUUUCCUGCAUCCCACCUGCAUAUCCACAUUCAGGUACUCCCAAUUUUGAAAUGAUUAUGUAUGUAUUCCCC